UACACAUCCACUAGCCGUAUCGCGGGCUGUAUUUCAGUCCAUAGGCCUGCCACGCACUGACUGGGGUGCACAUCCCAAGGCCCAAACCAACGCCCACGAUACCGGCCUGCCUGUGGCUCGGCCUCUGAAAAUCCGCACUCUGGAGCCCCACCCGCUCCACCGCUGGAUCGUCCACACCGGACACAAAAAUCAAGAAAAGACGAGAGGGAGCCAUGCUCCAAGCGGUAGAGCAGAGCAACGUGGAGAGUGAACUCUAGAUGACGGUGAAUCCUGCAUUCAUCAUGGAUUCAUGGGCACACUGCAAAGGCAGAGGAACCGUGGCUAAGGGCUUGUCCAAACGCCACUGUAGCCUGUAGCCUCAGCCUCCACCACCACACCAAACAUCCAGGUGAUCCGAGGAGUGGCUCCAUAACACUCAACGUAUCUUGCAGAGGAUGCGAAUGCUCCAACCGACAAAAGACACAAGCCACUACUUUUGAAGAAAAGCUGAAAUGUGCUGUCAGAGAGCAAAAGCGCCAGCCAGCACAAUAGGUUUGUGCGUAGAGAGAGAAAAUGGUAAGAUCAGCAGCACAGUGCAGGGAAGACAGCUUUGGCCAUUUUUGAAUAAAAUUCACAUCUGGCUCUAAGUGUUGUCCAAGGCUUUGGUUACCGAAUGGUGCAUUUAUACCGAGGGAGACCGGUAAACGUUGUUACCACGGUUACCACGAAAUUUCAAACGAAUUUCGAAUGAAAUUUAUAAUUGAAUUUUGAAUUCAAAUUCUUUCAAAAACAGAUAUAGAUAGCACUUUACUUAUAUUUAUCAUAAAAGAGCUACUAGCUCAGUGGAACAUUGUCUAUGCGCGUGCUAUCAGGUGCUGCCAUACUUUACUAUACAUUGAGCAUUUGAAUUCAAAAAAAUUGAAAAUUUUCAAUUUUUUUGCUCGAAAUUCUCAUUUACUGAGGGGGACUGAAAUAUGUGGUAACCGUGGUAAAUCUCGAAAUUUCAAACGGUAACCAAAACCUUGGUGUUGUCUGGAGGUGUUAUCUAAUGUUAGACUGUAUAGCUUCUGUAUUUACAUGUGUAUACUGUAACGUUGUAUACCACCUCAUUAUAUAUAUGUGAUAGGCCACCCCUAGAGGGUUGUGCCGGUUCCCCCAAAACCUAUUGUCUUACAUCUGAGGUUCCCGAAGUCCCAAAAUACCAUACAAGAAAGAUAUGACAGGACCUACAUGUCACCUACAAGGCUCCACCUUAGAGAAAAAAUUCAUAUUCUUUUUAGAAAAAUCACAUUCUUUUCACAUGACCUUGAAUGAAGAUGAUUUUUUUAUGAAAAUUAUAGUUCUCCAUGAGAGACUUUAUAGAUUUGAGUUUUUUUAUUUGAAGUUGUUUAGAUUUUUAAGAAGUUGAUAGAAACACGAUUAAUAUGUUGCUGAGACUUUAUGUUAUUUUUUUGAGCAUCUUAACUACCUAAAAUAAUAAAACUCAAAACUAGAAAUUUGUAGAUCUCACCGAGGGCUACAAUUUUCAUAUAUAAAGUAUCUCUAUCCAACACCAUACAAGAAAGAUAUGGUUUUUCUAAGGCGAUUAAUAUGCUGCUGAAACUUUAUAUUUAUUUUUUUGAAUCUUAACAACAUCAAAUGAUAAAACUCAAAACUAAGAAUUUGUAGAUAUCAUCUAGAGCUACAAUUUUCAUAUGCAAAGUAUCUUUAUCCGACAUCAUACUAGAAGGAUAUGAUUUUUUGUAAGGCAUCAAGUUCUGUAACAUGAUUAAUAUGCUGCUGAAACUUUAUAUUAUUUUCCAGCAUCUUGAUGACCUCAGAUGAAAAAAACUCAAAAAUAUAAAGGUAUAUAUAUAUAUCAUCGAGAGCUACAUUUUUCAUAUAAAAAUUUGUUUGCAUCCAAGAUUGUAUGAAAAGAAAUACAAUUUUUUAGGUGGAGCCUUGCCGUUGACACAUGGGUUCCAUCUAUUACUCCCUCUGUAUCGAAAUACUUGUAGCUGGGGCGCUACAAGUAUUUCGGUACAGAGGUAGUAGAUUUUAUGUAUAACAGGUGAGGUAAACGCUCGUUUAGACUUGGAUAAGUCAUGUUAUAAUUUUAGAGAGUUAAUUAAAAAUGCAUUUCAAAACCUUAGAGACCUAGACACCUUUACAUAGUUUUAAAGACCAUAGAUGAAUUUUACUCGCCAUGUUUUAUCUACGGGACAGCCGACAGCUAACUUCUGACUGAGACCACUAGAGGCUCUAACUGCGUGCAUGGGGGCUGCCCUAACACGUGAGACUUCAGAAUAUCUCAUGGACACGCAAAGGUUAGAAGCUUGGGAAUGAUAGUAACAAAGCUGCAAUACAGCUAGCCUGUCUUUAUCUUUUUCGUUUCUUUUUCUUUUCCUUCUUUUCCUUUGCGCCUUUGAUUGGCGCCCAAUCAGAAUGGUCGCUAGAACUUGAAUUUUAAAUGCCACUAGAAUAUCACAACUAAAGUGCAUGCGUUUAGUAGAGCUGAAGGGUUCCUAAAUGUGUGCAUCGAACAUCCGAACAAGUUAAUCCGACAUGCACUAAUAAGUUAAUAGUACUACUAAGCGUCAGUGGAAGCCGCGACCAUUGCGACUACUAGACCUGUGUCCUUGUUUGCCGAAACACACAACACACACACACACACACACACACACACACACACACACACACACACACACACACACACACACACACACACAGAUGUUGGAUGUGUGGAGUGCUGUGGGAUGGUGGGACAAGUGGCAGCUGCGCAUCCUCGUCCUCGGCAGCCUCGGCCUUCAAUGGUUUCUGCUGGUGGCUGCCCCCAUGCGCAAGUACACCGUCCGGCGCUACUUCAGGCUAUGCAUAUGGCUUGCCUACAUUAGCAGCGAUGCUCUGGCCAUCUAUGCGCUGGCUACCCUCUUCAACCGUCACGCCAGGGCGACCAGCAGCAGCAGUAGCUGUGAUGGCAUUGCGCACGACAAGGCCAAGAUCCUGGAGGUCUUUUGGGCUCCUGUCCUGCUCAUCCAUCUCGGCGGGCAGGAGGAGCUGACUGCCUACACCAUCGAAGACAACGAGCUGUGGGCAAGGCACACCGUGACCCUAGUGUCUCAGGUCGCGGUUGCCAUGUACGCCUUCUACAAGUCGUGGCCUGACUCCAGCGACUGGAAGCUAUUGGCAUCAGCGAUCCUGCUCUUCAUCAUUGGGGUCAUCAGUUUCAGUGAGAAGCCAUGGGCCCUCAAGAAAGCCAGUAUUAAUAGAUUGGCGUCCGUGUCGGCGACGAUACAAGGAACAAAGAAGCGUACAAAAUUGGCGGUGUACUUGGACGAUCUUUUGUUCUCUGAUUGGUACAACUGCUCCACCACCAAGUCCGGCGAGAAGAGUAGCCUGCUGCCUGAAGAUGUGGGUUGGCACAACUGCUUCUCCCUCACCGAGAAGCAGCCGGGGCUGGCGGCGGGUGAGGCGGAUAAUGUGGGCUUGUCGGACGGAGAUAAAGUCUAUAUGGUGCUCUCGGACAUGUCCCUCUCAGCUGCUGCCGAUGACCUUGUACAACGAGGCAGAGCUGGAAAUGUCCGGGAUGUUCUUCGGCCGCUGAGCACCAAGGCGGAAAAGGAACUCAAGCGCUGGCUGCGUGGUGCGUUUGGGCUCAUAUAUACCAGAGCAAAUUUGGUUUUCACUCGCACAUACCUGGUGUACCAUGUGCUGGUGGUGCCCAUCCUGCACAUCGCCGCCCUCACGCUGUUUGCGACGAGCGGCAAGGACGGGUACAACCGCACGGAUGUGAAGAUCACAUACAUCCUCCUGUGCCUAACCGCCGCGCUGGAUGUUUUUGCGGUGUUCAUCCGCCAGCUACUGUACCGGGCCAUGUCUGCAAAGAGCGUCCCAGCGUUGUGCGAGACGGUGCCAGGCUACAACCUCGUGGAGGCGGUUCUCCGGCGGAGGCACAAGGACAUUGGGUGGCUGGUCAAGUGCGCCACCCGCAUGGGCUGCAAGGAGGAGUACUUCUGCAAGUGCGACGGCGGCGGUCAAGACUACACACUGUACAAGAAUGUGUCGGAGAUGGUCCUUGCAGAUCUGGUGGGUGCACAGGGCCGCGACCUUGCCAAUUACAGGGUCUUCACGGUGCCAGAAGAAUCAGGCACCGCUGUGCUGCCGGUGGAGGAUGCUGGGGCAGGUGCCGAGAUAAUGCAGCAGAGCAGCCCGGGAGUGGCCAACUGGGCUCUAAGUGAGGAGCUGCAGAAGGUGUGCGGCCCCAAGGUACGGGGCGCCCUGCGCGGGUCGUUCGACAGGAGCGUCCUCGUCUGGCACAUCGCCACCUACCUCUGCUUCCGCAUGGAAGGUCCUCCUCCCGACGACGAGGAGGAAGACUCACACUGGCUUCGCAUCAAGUGCACGCAAGCAAUAUCCAGCUACAUGGCUCGGCUGCUGAAUUCCCACCCGGACAUGCUGCUCACCGGCAGCAGGCAGCACCUGGUCAGUGAAGCCAUGGAUGAAUUCGAGUGCUUCUUGGACAGCGCCAUGCUAGGUAAGAGCGGCAAGCCGCUCAGCAAAGACGAGCUGACCAAGAUUAUCGCCGACGGGGCGGAAGCGGAACGUGUCCACAUGCAGGUGCCCAUCGAGAUCAUCGACGACGGGCCGGAAGUGGAACAUGUCCACAUGCAGGUGCCCAUCGUCAUCGAUAAUAAAGCAGCUGAAGACAAGGAGGUGAUAAAAUCUUUGUUCCACAUCCCCAAGGCAUGCAGUCUUGCAAAGGAGCUGCUGAAAAUUGAACCGCCGUCCACGCGCUGGAGGGUGAUGUACCGGGUGUGGCUGGGCAUGCUCUUCUACUCCGCCAGCAUGUGCAGGGGCUACCUGCACGCUAAGAGCUUGGGUGAAGGUGGUGAGUUCCUCUCCUACGUCUGGCUCGUCCUCUCGCUCAAGGGUGCCAAGACCCUGGCCGACAAGCUUCAGAUGCUGCAGGGAGACGACGAGGAACCAACACUGACCGAUAAGCCUCAGAUUCUGGAGGGAUCAGAGACGACGAGGAACCAACACCCUGAUCAAGGCCCACAACUUGCUGGUUUCGAAACCCCCCAUCCAGAUCCUUUAAUUGAACCGCCGAUGCCAUGAUUUUGUAUAUCAAUUCUACUGUUUGUUUGUUUGUUUGUUUGUUUAAUUUCUAGCUAGCGUUCUCCGAUCCAAGUACUGGCCGGUUUGUUUGUUGCCUUCCUUGCGCGGGCGUUCGCCCGCGGCUUUUGAUUCAGUUUAUUUCAUUUGUUGUCUUGUC